AUGGAUUAUCGGGAACCGCAUCAGCAACCAACCGCCAAAAUCAUGGUGGGACCCACCUCCUUCCCUUCCAUGUUGGCACCCGCCACUGCCCAAUUUCCCGAGUCCUCAAAAAGAAGAAGAGAGUCCGGCCCAGAAAGUACUCACCAGAUGGCAACAUUGCGUUGGGCCUUGUCCCCAACCACGCCGCGGCUUCUUCCGCCGAGCCUGCCCCAAGAAGCACCGAGGACGCCCCUGGCUCCUGCAAGAAGCAGAUGGACGCCCUUGGACAUUGCUGCAAAAGUUAUGCUCUUCUGUGAGCAAGGACCACGGACAGUAUGCAUUCUUUCUGCUACUGGUCCUAUCCGCAAUGUCACCGUUAGACAGUCGCAACUCAGGCACAAUAUCUAA